AUGGCAACCAAGAUUUUAUCUCUAGUGGUGAUUGCAGCAUUUGCCACUGCCAUUAAUGGCAGAUACUUACCUGUCGAGAACCCUGGAGCUGGAAUGGAAACGGCGUUCUUUCAUCAGCACUUGCCUCCUUUCGGCGGGGCUUUUGGUGGAUUCAGAGGUGGCGCUUGGCCUGGCUUCGGCGGUGUGGGCGCAGGGUUUGGUAGUAGCGGCGGAAUGGGCGGUGACUUGGGUAGUGGAUCAAGUUUUGCUGGUGGAGCUGGAGAUGAAACUGGGAGUGGUGGCAUUGGAAGGGUUGUAAGUGGUGGAGGCGUGGGCGGUGAUACACUUGGUAGUGGAGUUGAAGGCGGAGUAUUGCCUUGA